UGUCAUUUUAGUGGGAGUGGCAGUUCUGUUCCUGUAUUCAUUCCCGUAUCUUCUCAUGCCAUUCUACACUACAGGUCACGGGGCAGUUGUUGUAGGCGUGGUCAAAGGGAGUGCCCUCGAGCAGAAACUAAGUCCCGGUAUUUCACUGAUUCAAGUAAACGCAUGUCCCCUAUCCUAUGUUGCUGAUUGGGGUUCUUGUUUGGAGGGUGUCGGAAGCCAUUCACAAAAAGGUUACUGCGUUUCUGAGGAUUUCCUGUCUCAAUAUAAGCUCCACCCACUAAACAAGACGAAAGAGGAGGAAGAGGGAGGAAGGGAUUGUUGUAGUCUCGACAAAAAGGACAGCCAUCUUUGCUUCUCUCUUUCGUUUCGUAAAAGAAAUCAAGUCAAUCCCGAAAAUCGUUUUACUUGCUUGCGAGCGAGGAGCAUCGUCGCGGACGGGACAUGCGUAACCAAUGACGACUGCUCCGCUAUCCAAUCAAACUCCCUCUGCGUCACUCCGGCAAUCGGGAGCCAGACUUACCUAAUAAAAAUACGCCACACGAGCCUGGGGGACCCGAUAUUAUACCUGGGGGGUCUGGAACAGCUCAAACACAGCAUCAUGCUAUCAGACUAUCAUCCUUCCCAUUCUUCAAUUCCUCUAUGGCUCCCUGGUUCAUUACAUACACUGUGUAUAUAUAUAGCAUCAAUAUCUGGAGCUCUGGCAGUCCUCAAUAUAAUACCAGCUUAUGCUUUGGAUGGUCAUUGGACCCUUAUUGCACUGUUAGAGUAUCUGAUGCCUGAGAAUGCUUAUAGAACGAAGAUUAGUAAUGUCAUAUUAUUGAUUGGUAGCUCCCUUUUAUUGUGUAAUGUACUGUCAGCCAUUUGGAUUUUAAUGUAUUGGUGAAGAAAAUAUUUAAAGAAAUAUUUAUUUUAUUACUAAUUUUGUAAUGAAAGACAUUGUUGAACGUUA